UAGCGGUAUGUCAAUAGUCCUCAAGUUUGCAUUUCUAAUAUUUUUCUGCAGCACCGAAACGUCGUCGUUUUUGCACCAUCCAUGGCGAAUCAAGGAGCGAAGAAGCGAAAGGAAGAAAACGCCCGACAUAUGAAGAAUCUCCUCCGUCUGAUCAUCGCCUCCAACGUGAUAUAUCUGGUGAUUAGGAUCGGGUUUUUCUACUCGAGCUUCACGUGGAAGCACUGGAUGGGCUUAAUUUUGACUACGGCCGCCUACGUGAUUCCGUACCAGCAGCUUGCCGCCAUGGCCAAACCUUCGUACACUGAUGGAGGGGAGCUUCUUGACGGAGGGUUUGAUAUGAGUACUGGUGGAAUUUGCGGAUAUCUGCACGACGUGAUCUACAUCACAUGUUUUGUCCAACUCAGUUCUAUCCUUUCUGAGAAGUUCUGGCUUGUUUACUUGGUGAUUCCAGGAUUUGCAGCCUAUCAGCUUUUUGGGUUCAUCAAGGGGUUUCUAUCCCAUGGUUCGGAGGGGGCGGAGGAAGAUGAAAAGACGAGAAAAAAGAGGGAAAAGAUGGAGAAGAAAGCAUCGAGAGGGAAAUUCAUCAAAACUAGAACCCGGUAAACAAAAUUUAAAAAUAUGCUUUCGAAAAAAAAAUCUAGAUGGCAUACGAGCACAGAUCUGUUCUUCAUUGAAGCACACAAUCGUGCAAUAUGAGCGCUUCGAAACUUGUAUUUCAAGAUUUUUUGUAGUGUUAGUAUGUCGGAAUGGUGUUUCGAAUUGUCUUGGGAGAAGCUUGUUGUAUUUAUCCAGCCUUUCAUGAAAUGUUGAUGCUCCAACAAAUCUUGUUAUGAAGUUCUUGGCUUUCCA